AUGAAUUUAUGUGAUGCCUCCAGCAAGAAGAUUCAGUUCAGGAAAACGUUAAGCCGUUCAAACAAGAUCCCUGUCAAGUCCAUCAAGAGCCCUGAUGGUGAUAUUAUUGAUUGUAUCAACAUUUAUCAUCAACCAGCGUUUGAUCAUCCUUUGCUCAAAAAUCAUACCAUUUUGAUGAGGCCUAGUUUGCACCCUCAGAAAGGACCAAUUGGUGAGGGUGAACUGUUCAAAACCAAUGCUCAUGGCCAAGAGGAUGAAAAACCAUUUGCUCAGUUAUGGCAGCUGAGUGGGGAAUGCCCUGAAGGAACUAUUCCUAUUACAAGGAACCAGAAAGCAAGAAAUUUCAAGAGAUAUGCAAAGAAGAAGCACAAAAGCUUUUCCCAUGGCCAGCUUGAUGACCCUUCUACUCACGAGCAUGCAGUUGCAUCUGUCCAAAAUAACGUGUAUUUCGGAGCAAAGGCAACCAUAAACGUUUGGCAACCCCAAGUUCAGACCAGUGGUGAAUUUAGCUUGGCUCAAAUAUGGGUUCUUGCAGGUGCUAAUUCAUUUCUGAACAGCGUUGAAGCUGGUUGGAUGGUAAGUCCAAGUCUAUAUGGAGAUAACAACACAAGACUCUUCACUUUCUGGACAAGAGAUGGUUAUCAAUCCGUAGGGUGCUACGACUUGUUCUGCCCUGGCUUUGUUCAGACCAAUACAACAAUUGCAUUGGGUGCCACCAUUUCACCUGUUUCUACCUAUCAUGGUGCUCAAUAUGAUAUCAUCCUAUGUAUCUUUAAGGAUCCAAAGCAAAAUGCGUGGUGGCUACAAUAUGGGAAUGACGGUGUAAUUGGUUAUUGGCCUGCUUCCUUAUUUACAAGCCUCGCAGACAGUGCUUCACUAAUUCAAUGGGGUGGAGAGGUGGUAAAUACUGCUCAAGGUGGGCAACACACCACAACUCAAAUGGGCAGUGGCCAUUUUGCUGAAGAACAAGCUGGAGGGGCAAGUUACUUCAAGAAUCUUCAAGUAGUUGAUCAAUCCAACACUUUGGUCCCUCCUGGUGACAUCACAUCUACAGCUCAAAAGCCGAAUUGCUACAACAUACUACUUGCAAAGAAUGAUGAUGCCGGAGAUUUCUUUUUCUAUGGUGGACCAGGAAGAAAUCCUAAUUGUCCAUGA